AUGUUAAUACCAUUUAUAUAUAGCAGACAAUAUUUAAAUGAAGAGGAAAGCCGUAAGUUUGAGGAAAAGGAGCGCAAAAAAGCUGAGGUCAGAGCCCGGCUCGAGUUGGCCACACGUCUACAGAAAGGCAAACGCGGUUUUAUGACACCCGAGCGCAAGAAAAAGCUUAAACAAUUUUUGCGCGAAAAUGUCAUCAAAGAGCUAAACAUAGAACAGGAGCACAAACGCCAAGAGCGCCGUAAGAUUAUUGCUCAGAGGACUGGCCAAAAACGGUCGACCGAUGGCAUGACUGAUGCUGAAUUGCGUGACUUAUGUCGUCAAUACUAUCAACGAAUUGCCGGUUUAGAGGAUAUUAAAUAUGAUUUGGAAUACGAAGUCCGACAAAAAGAUUUUGUUGUUAAUGAGCUAUCAAUUGAAGUUAACGAUCUAAGAGGAAAGUUUGUUAAGCCAGCGCUUAAAAAAGUGUCAAAAUAUGCACAAAAAUUGGAAAAGAUGGCCAAAGUUGCCGCCAAAGUGGAGACCGAUUAUCGGACAAACUUGAAGAGAGUUCAGUCACAGAAGUAUAGUAUUGGCGAUGAAAAACAGUCCAGACCAGUUGUUUGGAUGAAGAAUAAGGAAAAUAAUAAUAAUAAGGAAACAAAAAGUCGUAAUAAUAGCGAAAAAGAUGACUCUYUGUUGUCGUCGUCGAUGACUAUGAAGACUACUAUUACUAAUACUACCGGCGCUGACAUCGAUGAAAAUGAUGAAGAAGUAGAAGAAGAAGUGAUUGAUUUGGUGGACAAUAAUGACGACGAAGAGGAAGAGGACGAUGAAGAAGAAGAUGACGAUUAAAGUCAUAUAAUAAUAAUAAUUAAUUAAUUAAUUAAUUAAUUA